AUGGAGACAGCAGAGGAAAAUCGUGCCGACACAAGCUUUUGUCGCAUGGUAGGCGUGGCUUGUGCCUCGCUCGCGGGAAACCUCAGCUUGCGCGAAAUGGAACAUUACGAUACAGACACGAUGUACGCUACUGGCAUGCACGCGGGUUAUGAUAAAUACUUCCGGAGGUGGAAGCGCCAAACCCGGGUUCACAAAGAUGGAGUGCACUAUGCACUGCUUCGACUUGCCCUGCACAGGCUUUCAAAACUUCGCAAAAUUAUUUUCACGGAUUUUAGAGAGCUCACUCGGCCUGGAGAGGACUACAAAAAGCUAUGUCGUCGUCUUUUCGGCAAUGCGCUCGAACCAGACCGACUGGAAGACUCGCCGAGUCCUACCGACACAGAGUUCCUCACGUUCAAGAGAAUUGUCGAAGAAACUCGAGGCUUGCCUGCCCUAGAUGUCUCAAUCCGUGUCCACACGUGCGGGUCUUCUCAGCAGCAACUCAAAGAAUCUCUAAUGCACUGCUGUCAACCUCAACGUAUUCGAGUGAUAAAGAAUGCGCAGAGCAAUGUCUAG